AUGACAUUGCCACGACCACUGCCAGAGGGCGGUAUUUCGUUCACUUGGCACAAAUCAGUAGCCACGUUCAAUGUUCCUCUUCAAACUUUCUUAUCAACUCGCCCUCUCGUGAGGGCCGCAGCAACAGGCGCGCUUGUAUUCUCCAGGGCCGCUGGAGAAGACCGCGUCCUUCUGAUCCAACGAGCUCCUCACGACUCGAUGCCGCUACGCUGGGAAGUUCCGGGAGGUGCAUGCGACCAGGAGGACGAAACACUCCUCCACUCCUUGGCCAGGGAGUUAUGGGAGGAGGCCGGUUUGAAAUUGAAGCAUGUCGUUCGAAAGGUUGGGGACGAGUUCACCUUUCUCACUCGACGAGGUCUUGCUGUCACCAAAGUCACCUUUGAGACCGAGAUCGAGGAGGCAGCACCUGCUGUGGUUGAAGAAGGUAGCUCAAAGUUGACACUCCCCGAGGUCACAAUCGAUCCAAACGAGCAUGUCCGUUUUGUUUGGGCCACCGAGGAGGAAUGCCAGGCAGAAAAGAUUGUAGUUUCUGAAGAUGGCGGGAAUGAGGUCAUUAAACUCGAGUUCACGACCAAGAACCAAAAGAGCGUUGUUCUCUUGGGGUUCAGGCUUCGAAGAGAGGAUCUCGCCAAUGGCAGAGUUGAUUAG